AUGAACAGGAUAAGACAAUUAUUUCAAAACCCUAAAUAUGUUUAUAACAUAGCCAUAGGCUCUGGCGUAGGCAUUUGCCUUCUUGCCAUUAAAUAGGCUGCUUUCUUUUUUAAUAAAGUUUAAGAUGAUGAAAUGAAUCCAUAUUUAGAAAAAGGAGAUAUCGUAAUUUCAUUCAAGGGAAUAGAUCAUGGUGCAAUCAAAAAUAAAAUAGCUCUUAUUUAUGAGCCCAUAAAAAAGAGCUAUAUCUUUAGGAGAGUUAAAGGAAUCCCAAAUGAUUUUGUUUAAGAUUAUGGAUCAAGGAUAAAUAUUUUUAUUCCCUAAGGAACAAUGUAUGUUGAAAGCGAAUAGCAAACAAAAUUAAAGGAUAAUGCUAAUUUAAGUGAAAUUAUAGGAAGCGAAACUUUAUAGGAUAAAAUUAAAUAAAAUGAAAAAAAUUAAAAUUCUAACCCAUAUGAGAAUGUGUUUUACAUGAGCUUAUUAGUUGGAGUUCCACUGUUCAGAAUAUAUCCUUUAAAUAAGAUUGGAAUGAUUUAAAUUGAAUAAAACAAUAAAAAAUAUUGA